AUGGCCCAUACUGCCGUUGCCAACACUCGAACAAGACCCGUCUCCUCCACCGUUGUUACACAACAAGACAAGUACGCCAUCGACAACAUGACACGAUCAGCUUCCGCAGAGCCUACGAAGCCCACCAAGCGCAAGGGUACCAGAAGCGUUUCGACUUUGACGCCCUCCCAGCUGGCACGCAAGCGUGCCAAUGACAGAGAAGCUCAGCGCGCUAUCCGAGCCAGGACGAAGGAGCACAUUGAGAGACUCGAGCGAGAGCUCGAGGAGCUCAAGAGCGAACGUGGCCGCGACCAAAGUCAGACCGUCCAGGAGCUUUUGCGCAAGAACAAGGCCCUUGAAGAGGAACUGUUCAAGCUCCGCGAGAGCAUGGGCGUUCCCAAUGGGCAGUCCUACCCAAACUCAGUAUACGACGACAAUCUCAGCUCAAUCAGCGGUGCCGUCCCCAGCCCUCGAUCUUCGCCCUUCCCUUCCAACGGCGACUACAACGUGAUGCAAGAACUCGGCCCCUCCUACGUGCCCAUGCCCGAUGCAUCAGAGUCAUGGGGUCCCGGCAUCCCCGUUUCCGUACCCUCCACCGUCUCAAGCCCGUCAUCCUCUGCCAACACGGACGAGUACGGCGCUGGCUACAUCCCCACGAGCGUCCCCGCGCCGAUGAUGGACGCUCGAAGCAUCCCAGCCAAGAUGGACUACGACGACGUUGAUUCUGGUGGGUGGUCCCCUCUGCAUGCGGUGGUUGGGUUGCAACGCAAUUCUGAGACGCUAACCACUCAGUCCCUAGACGCUGGAUACCCUCACAACCACUCAAUGGGUACCCAUGUCUCAUCAUCAGUCGUAUCUUCAUCACCAGCAGUCGUGGAACUCAUAUCCAACUCCGGUGUACUAUCAACAACCGUCGGCUCACUGAUCCGCCAGCCCGGCACCGCCCUCUGGGAGAUUCCGACGCUCAUCGUCCCGCCUACAUGUCGGAUCGACCAGCUCCUAGUCGGCUUCAUCCAGGACUGCCGUCGACUGGCCCAACUGAAACCCCUCGACACGCUCCUGCGGCCUGCCAGGGUCAACGUGAAGAACUUCCUCGAGUACCACCCGGCCUCACCCACAACAGAACCUCCUCGGUGCCAGCUAGCCGACCUUGACCGAGCCGCCUCCUCCACGGUCACUGGGCCCGGGGUCAACCACCCCAUCGCCGAGCUCAUUACUGCCCUCGUCAACAAGGGGGGCGUUACAAACGUCAUUGAGCGCCUCGCAGUCUUUGCCGUCAUUCAAAGAGCCGUCGCCUGGCUGGUGCAUCCAACGCGAGAAGCGUAUGCGGCCAUUAUGCCGGAACUCACUCCAAAGCCUUGCCAAAACAGCAUCCCGCAUCCCCAAUGGGUCGACCUUGUACUAUGGCCUCCGCUGCGCACCACGAUCAUCGAGCGGCAGGAGGUGUACGCCAAUGAAGAGUUCCAGUCCGUCUACUCGGCAAGCCUGAGACUCAUCAACUGGCCGUGCCGACCCAUUGACGCCCUGGUAGUAGACCCACAAUCCGGGGAGAUGUGGCUGAGCGACACGUUUACUGCCCACGCAAUGCGCGUCGAAAACUGGCGCCUCAAUGAGAACUUUGUUCGACGAUACCCCGAACUUCGCGGCUGUGUUGCCGUCGAAGGAUCCUGA